GUUGCACAGAGGGAUUGUGUGUGGUUCUUUUUCUGCAGGUUGAGAGAGCGUGGAAUGAUACGCAUGAGCACGUCGUCCUGUGGUGAAAGGGAAACCAUAUAAGCAAUAGAAGAUGAGACUUGUUGGUAAAGGUAGCUGCACUACCCAGACAUAGACGUAGAACUGUCACUGAGAGAUUCAUCACCAAGGGGACAACAUGGAUGAGCCGUUAUCAACUUUUACGACCAUAACCGAUUAUCCUGAAUUUGACACUUCUGACUACUCAGGCUUUGAUACAGGGCCAACUGAAAGCACAGGAAUGUGUGAGAAAAGCUGGGUCAGGGAAUUUCGUGGGCAAUAUGAACCCCCUCUCUUCUGGAUCAUCUUCAUCCUGGGUGCUGUUGGUAACCUGAUGGUGGUUUGGAUCUAUACUACUGUACACAACCGUAUGAAAACAAUGACCGACGUGUACCUCUUAAACCUGGCUGUGGCUGAUCUCCUCUUCCUGUGCAUGCUGCCAUUCAGGGCUGUCGAUGCUAUCAAGGGCUGGAACUUUGGUGUUUCUCUCUGCAAAAUGGUGUCCGCUGUCUACAAGAUUAACUUUUUCAGCAGCAUGCUCCUGCUCACAUGCAUUAGCGUGGACCGCUACAUUGCUAUUGUACAAGUUAUCAGGGCCCAGAACCUGAAAAAAAAGAGAUUGUUCUACAGCAAACUUGUCUGCUUAGCUGUCUGGGUUGUCUCCACUCUCCUGGCCCUCCCUGAGUUUAUCUUUGCUGAGGUGAAGCCGAAUCAAACAGGAACAUCUUUCUGUGUCAUGGUCUACUCGAACAAUACAAACAACUCGACUAAGAUCCUGGUGCUGUCCCUGCAGAUCUGCAUGGGCUUCUGCCUUCCUCUACUAAUUAUGAUCUUCUGUUACUCUGUCAUCAUUCGCACACUUCUUCAGGCCAAGACUUUUGAAAAGCACAAGGCCCUACGUGUCAUCUUUGCUGUGGUGUUUGUGUUUGUCCUUUCUCAGCUGCCUUACAAUAGCCUGCUGAUAGUGGAAGCCAUGCAGGCAACUGAGAUUACUAUCACAGACUGUAAAACUGCAAUAGGUUUUGAUAUAGCUGGACAGGUAGCCAAGAGCCUGGCGUUUACCCAUGCGUGCCUGAACCCAAUCUUGUAUGUCUUCAUUGGAGUGCGGUUCCGACAAGACCUCCUGAGGAUUGUGAAGAUGUGUGUUGGUGGCAAAGGAGGGCUCAGUAAAAUACAAGCAGUUCCCAAACGUCCUUCUGUAAUGUCAGACACUGAAAUAUGACACCUGAGCCUAGUUUAA